CCCCCAGUAUCCCCGUAUUGUUUCUCCGCAGCAAGACCAAGGAGAAAAGGAGAACCCCAUGCGGGAGCUGCGCAUCCGCAAGCUCUGCCUCAACAUCUGCGUGGGGGAGAGCGGGGACAGGCUCACCCGAGCGGCCAAAGUGCUGGAGCAGCUGACGGGACAGACCCCCGUCUUCUCCAAAGCACGAUACACUGUAAGAUCCUUCGGAAUCAGGAGAAAUGAGAAGAUUGCUGUUCAUUGCACAGUUCGUGGGGCCAAAGCAGAGGAGAUUCUGGAGAAAGGGUUGAAGGUGCGAGAAUAUGAGUUGAGAAAAAACAACUUCUCAGACACUGGGAACUUUGGCUUUGGAAUCCAGGAGCACAUCGAUCUGGGGAUUAAAUACGAUCCCAGUAUUGGUAUCUACGGCUUGGACUUUUACGUGGUGCUGGGCAGGCCUGGCUUCAGUAUUGCUGACAAGAAACGCAGGACUGGCAACAUUGGAGCCAAGCACAGAAUUGGAAAGGAAGAAGCCAUGCGCUGGUUUCAGCAAAAGUAUGAUGGCAUCAUCCUUCCUGGUAAAUGAGAAGUUCCUGUUACCAAAAAAACAAAUAAAAUUUUCUAAUCCCUAACUUCUGUUGCAAAUUUUGUGGCUGCUCCUCCUGACCUGGGAAGGUGCUGGGAGCAGAAAGCCAUGGACUGGUGCUGUGCACUUGAAGAGAACGCGCCUGUUCUCCAGAAGCGAGUGUUGGAUUUACAUGGAUACACUCUCCACUUCUGUACUGUCCAACAGCAUAAAUAAUAUGUAGAAUUUUUACUAAAGUCUGCAGAUGGACAUAGAAGGGGAAAAAAAACCCAAAAACCACUUUUGACCAAUGGAGUUGUAGAGCAGAAUUUCUGGAGGGUUAAUUGCCAGAGGGAACUAAGUGUGUCAGUGUGCUGGUCCUGAUCCUCUGCAGAUCAACCUGCUGUCUUAGGGCUGCCUGCUCUUUAGUAAACCAGGGGUUCUUAAUUAGCAGA